UACUACUUAAGCAGGAACAGAUUGUUGCGAAGCACCAGUCUGCUGUUGGAUUUCGAAAUCGGCGGGUAUUACUAAGAAAACGCUAUUUUACUAAAGUGAAAAAAUAAAAUAAAAUAAAGUAUGUGAAAACAGUGCAAGUGUAGUGCUUAAUUGAAGGGCUCUUUUAUUAAUACAUCAAAAAAAUCUUAAAAACUUUGCAAAGACACUUCAUCAUACAUCGCAUUUAUAGUUUGUGUUUUACGAAAACUGAUGAACAUGAUCAUGGAAAAUAAUCAUCACCUGAUCCACCAGCUUCAGCAAAGCACACCGCCAUUGCCGUCACCACAACGAGCCGACUUGUGCGUCUCUACGACGCCACCAAAUGACUCUUUAAGUCCGCUUUCAAGUCAUAACAGUAGCAAUAACGACAUACAAGUGUCGCCUGUUGCCGCAACAACAAAUCUGAGCAAUGGAAAGACGUCUUUAAAACGUUCUUUCGAUGUCGCUUUUCUAAUGAUGCCCGAUGAGCGUUUCAAGCAGAAGCAAAACGAAAAGUAUGCCCGACUGUCGAAUUAUACUGACCGCCCCCAAUAUCCCACAGAUUUAUCACCACGUACCACUCAACAUUCGCCACCACAAAACAAUCAGCAACUGCCGCAGCAGCAACAGCAUACACAGCAAUCACUAAUUAAUCCGAUCGAAUCGGUUGUCAACAUGCAAGAAGCACGUCGCUAUCCCCAAAUCAGCAUACGACCACCUCGCGUUUAUGAUGACCCAACUUUGGUUAUUCCUGUUGGUAGCGAAUCGCCCGAGUGUGUGCCUUUAAAGAGCGCCUUUACCAAGGUAUGCUCGAUGCGCCUAGAGUCACCUAUUCAGCCUGCGCCCCCACUGAGUCCCGAUCAAUUGAGCUGCUCAUCCAUAAGUCCACCCAUAACCACAACGCCUCCACGGACAAAUAGUGGCGGCAAUGGUAGUCUCUCGAAUGGCAGCGGUGGCAAUACGACGCCAUGUCUCAAUCCGAAUAUCAUCUACCAAAAUUUCCGACCAGAGUAUCAGUUUAAUGGUACAUUUCAGUCUGUUAAUCACAUACAAAUGCUUCAGGCACAGCGUCUCAAGCAGCAACUGCUUUACCGAACCCCACUUAAUCCCUCUGCAGCCGCCGCACUUGCCGCCAGCAAUCCUCCUGGAUCUCACACAAAUGUAAACUCCAACCCAGAAUUUCUACACGGCUAUCCAGCGUUUUCCUUUCCCAAUGCGGCCGCUGCUCAUCCAUUCGCGGCUGUAGGACCACCGGAGAUGCCACGAAUCGCACAGAGUCCCGCGGCAGCCGCAAUACUUACAACGCUAAUACCACCCACACUGGCUUCUACGUUUUCCUUGACUGCUCAAAAUGUUUGCGCUAAAUGUAACAUAAGCUUCCGCAUGACGAGUGAUCUCGUCUAUCACAUGCGUUCCCAUCACAAAAAUGAAGUUGCAUGUGAUCCUAAUCGGCGUAAGCGUGAGGAAAAGUUGCGCUGUCCCGUUUGCCAGGAGACAUUUCGCGAACGUCAUCAUCUUACACGACACAUGACUGCUCACCAAGACAAGGAGAGUGACCAGGUGACACCAAAUGGUUCUGCGUUAGGCGAAGGAACAGAAAGGCUGCAUAACUUAGCCAGUAGCGGGAAUGGACGCCAUCAAGCGGCGCGUAUCCCAAGUAUGAACAAAUGAUCGAAGCAUUUUUUCGGAUAUUUUUAAUUUUGUUUAACGUCUACUUAAUUUUUGGUCUUCUACUAUGGCCCAUUUGUGAUAUUAAUUUAAUGCAGGUUUGAAAACCACCAUUAUAUUUGAAGUCAUUUAGCUUCGUAGCACAAUUUGAAAGUUGUAAAAUAUUUAGAAAGAAAUACUAACAUUAAAUAAUUAUAAGA